CGGUCGCUUACCUGCUUUCCAUUUCCCGGCCCGGGAGGGGCUCCUGGUCCUGCAGAGAGGUUCGCUGCCGGCUCCCUCUGGCUGGCGACUCACCUACGGAGCUGUCUCUGGCUGGGACCAGCCUGACUCAUCUGGGAGAGGUGGCAGGGCCGGGGAGACCUCAGAGAGCGGAAGGACAGGAGGAGGCGGGCCGGGCCCUUCCUCCAGAGCCAGGGAAGAGGCGUCGCCGGGGCGCAGGUGAAACCGAUUCCGACCUAUCCCGGGAACUUUCGCUGCGGGGACUCGCUGGGAGAGGCCCGCGUCGCGCAGGGGCGGUGGGGGAACCGCCCUCUCCCACCCGGACUGCGUGCGGGGGCUCAGCCCGGGGGCCUCGCGCGCUCUUGGCGCGCUCCGGGACUGCAAGCAGCGCCGCCCUCCACGGCUGAUGGAGGCGGGUGGCGCCGCCCCGAGCGCAGGUGACACACCGCAGGCCAGGGUUUCGGCUGGCAGGGGAGAGCGCUGGGAGGGCGCGGACACCCGGGGCCAGGGGACGACAAGGCAGCGAUGGCCCGAGAGUUGAGCCAGGAGGCACUACUGGAUUUUCUGUGCCAGGCUGGAGGAAGAGUGACCAACGCCGCCUUGCUGGGCCACUUCAAGAGCUUUCUCCGAGACCCCGACGCGCCCCCCAGCCAACACCAGCGCCGCCGCGAGCUCUUCAAGGGCUUCGUCAACUCGGUAGCCGCAGUGCGCCAGGACCCCGACGGCACCAAGUAUGUGGUGCUCAAGAGGAGGUACAGGGACCUUUUGGGGGAGGAGGGGCUGCAGCGACCCCGCGACCCGCCCGCUGCCGCCGCCCCUGCAGGGAGAGCUGCUCCCUGUUCCCCGCAAGGCGCGCGCCAAAGGGAUCCGCCGCCGCAGCCGCCCAGGAGGCGGCGGCACGAGAAGGGGCCAGAGGAGGAGCCAGCAGGUGCCGCAGCCCCAGCCGCCCACGCAGGUUGUAAUGGACUCACCGCCAGCCGCACCCGGGAGGCAGCCCGGGGAGGCGGCGGGCGGAGGGGCGGCUCUGGCCACAGGGCCGGAGCGAGGUGCGCGGCUGUGGAGACGCAGGGCCGCUGCUGCUGGGAAUGCCACCAAAACAGCCUGGAGGGACUCCCGGGCGAGCAGGUGCUCGGCGCAGUCCCAGACCCCGCCACCGCCACCGCCACCGCCGGGGACAAGCCGGCGCGUGUCCCGCUGGCCCGGGAUGAUCGCGAGCCUCCCGGGCAGCAGCCGGAAGGCUUGCCCGCUGAGCACGCACCGGUGCCCACAGCGCCCUGCUCUCCUCCUGCAACCGUCGAGGCUGCUGGAAGUGGUGUUUGGCCGCCUCCUCUCCUGUCCCUCCCUACUUCCCCUGCAGACCAGCCAGAGCUGCUGACCCCGAGCUCUCUGCAUUAUUCCAUCCUGCAGCAGCAGCAACAGCGCACUUGGGAAUGGGUGGCCAGACAUCCCCAGAUACCCAAGGCCCGGAACCAAGGACCCAUCAGAGCCUGGUCAGUGCUGCCAGACAAUUUCCCCCAGAUACCAUCUGAGCCCAACUUCUGUGUCCCAGAACCUGACUCAGAGCCUCUAGACCCCUCUCUUUCAUCUCAUUCUCUCCUUCCUGUUGUUCCGGAAUCCUGUCCCCAGAAUCCUCCAUUGACGAUCUUUCGUAGCAUUCGUAGUCAGCUGUCCCUCCAAGAUCUGGAUGACUUUGUGGACCAAGAGAGCCAUGGAAGCGAGGAGAGCAGCAGUGGGCCCAAAGAGUCCCCAGGGGGUUCUGAAGAGGGGCUGCAAGUUACCCUGGGAACCCCAGAUUGGAGAAAGCUCAGGGAUCCGGCUGGGGGCCUUUCUCCAAAAGAGGGCAGACCCAGCAGGAGCCCUCAGGGCCUCAGAAACAGAGGGGAUGGUCACACCUCUCAGCAGGUCUCGACAAAGGCUAAUGGCCUUGUAGGCCACCCCCAGGAGUCUUUCCCCUGGCCAACUCCCAAGUUAAGGAGAGCCCUCAGGAGGAGCUCACAGGCAGGGAGAGCCAAAUUGUCUUCUUCCGAUGAGGAGUGUCUUGAGCAGGACUUGCUGAAAAGGACUCGUCGCCCACCACGGUCCAGGAAACCCUCCAAGGCAGGAGCAGUGUCCAGCCCAAGAGUGGAUGCUGCUUUGACACCACAACCUGCAGACAUUAAGGCUGCUGCUGCUGAGUGGCGUCCUCACACCCCCUGGGCCGAGGGUAGGGAGGAAUCUGCAGCCUUGGUCCCGCACAGACCUGAGCACAAGUCAUCUCUGGUCCCCCUAGAUGCCAGGGAACAUGAAUGGAUCGUGAAGCUUGCCAGUGGCUCUUGGAUUCACGUGUUGACUUUGUUUUGGGAGGACCCCCAGCUGGCUCUGCACAAAGACUUCUUGACUGGGUACACAGCCUUGCACUGGAUAGCCAAACAUGGUGACCUCAGGGCCCUUCAGGACUUUGUCUCUAGUGCACAGAAAGCUGGGGUUACUCUUGAUGUAAAUGUGAAGUCCAGUUGUGGAUAUACCCCUCUGCACCUUGCAGCCAUUCACGGCCACCAGGGGGUCAUCAAAGUGCUAGUGCAGAGGUUGGCUUCUCGGGUCAAUGUCCGGGACAGCAGUGGGAAGAAGCCAUGGCAGUAUCUGACCAGUAAUACCUCUGGGGAGGUAUGGCAGCUACUGGAAGCCCCUCGGGGAAGGCCCAUUUUUCCUGUCUAUCCUUUAGUCCGAAGCUCUUCCCCCACCAGGAAGGCCAAGAGCCGGGAAAUAUCUAGAAAUAUCACCCGGAAGUCUUCCUUUGCUGCACUACUCAAAAGUCAGCACAGCAAAUGGAAAUUGGCCAACCAGUAUGAGAAAUUCCCCAAUCCAAGGGAAAGAGAAGAGUACAGUGACUGAGGUGGGCCCCUCUUUUGAACAUGCAGCCACACACCACACACCAGCACAUCCUUGAGGUAUUCAUUGAGAAAAUUCAGGGGGAAUAGAAAAAUUGCUGAGGCGUUGGUAAGGAAGAGAUCGUCUGAUGUGGUUUACCUCGUGUUUACCUGCCUGGAUUUUAUGUCAGCACAUCCUGGACCUUAGGGGUCACCCAAACUUUCUGACAGCUCAAGUCUUUGGGCCAGUGAAACCUAGACACAGGGCAGAGUCAGACUUAAAACCCAGUAAAUAGUCUUCCUCUUUCCUUGUCACCACAGAUCUGGGCACAGUGAGCCACAUUGGUUUUCGAAGCAGCAGCCCCAGGCCUUGACUACAGAGAGAACAGAUGUUUAAGAAAAAGGGAGGCAAUUCAAGGGAUUGAGGAAGCUCAAACAAAAUCCUCUGGCUAGUACCUCUCUGGCCUCUAUUCAUUUGGAGAAUAAAUCCUGGCUGAGUGGAAAGCACCAGGUUUGAAAUCAGAUGGCUCCUAUUUUCUUCUUUUUCUCUUUUUCUUUCUUCCUUCCCUCCCUGCCUCCCCCUCCUUCUCCCCUUCCUCCUUCCCUCUCCUUCUUUCCUUCCUUCCUCCUUCCUUCCUCCCUCCCUCCUCCCUCCUUUCUUCCUUCCCUCUUCUUUCUUUCCCUUUCUUUCUUUCUUUCUUUCUUUCUUUCUUUCUUUCUUUCUUUCUUUCUUUCUUUCUUUCUUUCUUUUCUUUCUUUCCAAAUCAAUGAAAUAAAAUUAUUGCUGGAGAGUUGAACUUAUUUUAAGAUUCCUCAGCCCUAUCUUCAGAUCUUCCUUUGAAUACAACCUAAGGUGGCUAAUAUGUGAGAUGAUUAAUACCUUAUUUGUAUCUCUUCUCCACGAUUAGAGAAGCAGUUAGGUAAGAUCCAGUUAUGACUGGCAUUCAGGCUCUGCUUUUUUAAAUAAAUCAACCUAAGGGAAACUUUCCAAAUGUAAAAACUGUUGGCUCAUUUGCAUAGUUGCUGAAAUCAUCUUUCAUGGAAACUCCCUGUGUAACAAAUGGCAAAAUCAGCAUUAGUAGUUGUCAAUAGGAUGGAAGAGCCAAUGUUCAUAUUCUGGGGAAGCAAUAAGGGUUAAGAGGUAAAUGCUUCCCCACCGGGAAUUUUCUAAGCUGCUAAAAAUAUAAUUUAAUUUGCACUAAACUUGUUGCCAAUUAAGAUUAAACAUUAGCCUUGAAGUGCUGUAUCUCUAACAGGAAGUGUUCCUUUUAUUUGUUUGUGAUGGUUCUGAUCUCUGUGGGUCCAUGGAAUGAGAGAAUGGCUACUCUGUAAAUUGCAGUAGAACAUUAAGAUUUCAGAAUGUAAAUUCAAACAGAGCUGAAAAAUUAAAUUUCCAUAUGGAAAUUGUUAAUUUUUUAUGGAAUGUUUUCAUGUGCAAUGUCAGUGAUGUAUUUUCACAGUAUUUUUGUGUUUCUUCUGGUUAUUUUUCACCAUUGAAAUAUCAACAAAUCUUUAUAAGUUAUUGUACUUAUGCUGAUUACUAUUGACUUUCUUCUUUAGAAAAUUGUGUUUCAAAUGAGUGUCAAAUAUUUCUUUGUACUUUUACCUUAUAAUUUUGCUGAAAUAAAUAUAACUCUGUUCAA